AUGGGUCAGUCCCUCUCUUCCACAUCCUCUUAUACAAAGAGUAGUGAUUUGGCCUCCAGCUUUGACAAGCUUUUUAAGAACUUCAAGCCAGAAAGCAAAAUCCUCUUUCAGGAAACCAUCGCAUUGAUUGAAACACGCCUGAAGGCGGGGGACAUUCCCAGAGUGGCUUCUGUAAUUAGUGAUGCAUUGAGAGAUAUCGACAUUGCCCCUCUAAACAUUGUUGUGACUGGGGAGCCUGGAACAGGGAAGUCUAGUUUCAUAAAUGCUCUGCGGAGGGUGAGGCAUGAUGAAGAAGGGGCUGCCCCCACCGGGGCAGUGGAGACAACCUUGGAGAGAAGAGCAUACAAAAACCCGAAACUUCCCAAUGUGACAUUUUGGGAUCUGCCUGGUAUGAUGACCACUACCUUUCAGCCACAGAAGUAUCUGAAGAAGAUGAAAUUUGGUGAGUAUGACUUCUUUAUUAUCAUCUCUUCUACAUGCUUCAAAAUUAAUGAUGCUCAUUUGGCAGAAGCAAUUAGAAGAAUGAAGAAUUUCUACUUUGUUCAAACUAAAGUGGACAGCGAUUUACAUAGUGCAAAAAUAAGUAAACCCAGCACAUUCAAUAAAGAUGAAAUCUUACAAAGGAUCCGCAGUGACUGUGUGGCUCAGUUGGAGAAUUCUAAUAUGGGUGGCACUCAGGUCUUCUUAAUCCCCAGCUUUGAUUUGUCUUAUUAUGACUUCCCACACCUGGAGACCACCUUUCUGAGGGCGCUCCCAGCCCACAAGCGCCACAUCUUCAUGCAAUACCUGCCGAAUGUUAUGGAGGCCGCCAUUGACCCUAAGAGGGAUUCCCUGAAACAGAAGGUCUGGCUGGAGGCCCUGAUGGCUGGAGCAUCAGCCACCAUCCCUUUCCUGGGUUUUAUCAGUGAUAAUGAUGUGGAGAAGCUGGAGGAGACUUUAACCCUCUACAGGUCUUACUUUGGGCUGGAUGACUCAUCCCUGGAAACCAUAGCCAAGGACUUGCAUGUGUCACCGGAGACCAAGGCAAACCUCACCUCUCCCCAUUUGCUAUCAGCUGAGAAGGGUGAUGAGUUAUUAGGAGAAAAACUGUUGAGAUAUGUGGAAAAAUUCUGCGCUGUUACUGGAGGACCCAUUGCCAGUGGUAUUUACUUUAGGAAGAUAUUCUACUUGCAAAAUUAUUUCCUUGAGACCAUGGUGAGUGAUGCAAAAGUUCUUCUUAAAAAACAAGUUAUUUUUAAGGACCCUGUUGACUCUGGGCAAUCCUAUCUACCUCAGGAUGUCAGGAAUGAAAGUGGGGAAAAUGAGCAGCCAGAUCCUGAAUUAUUCUCCGUAUUGGCAUGGCACGGGGACCUGGAAGGAUGA